GCAAUUAUUAUUUAUUGCAUGCAUUGCAUCCUGCAAUUUUUUGUUAUUGUUUACUUCUAAUUCUAAGAUCGAUUUGUUUGUGUUUCUCUUCUGGUUCUGAUUCCGAACUUAUAUAAAAUAAAACGACACACGAGCUGUCUAUGUCGGCUGUCCUGUUAACCCAUUAAGUUAUAUUUGCUUGGCAACAAGUAUGUGAAAUGGAUGACAGCGCUGUAGAGGACUAUUCAGAUUCUUUUUCAGAGGAUUCUUCAGCAUUCAGCAAGAACUGCUUCUCCUCAGAAGACAUUUACUCCUUUCCAGAAGACCUGGACAUCUUCCGAAUAAUUGCGCUUCUUUACACUGCGUCUUCUUAAGUUUCAGAGCCAGAAGAGGAGGAGUUUGAGGAUGCGGUUGUAGGUGUUGUAGAUGAGCUCUCACCAGAACCUGUAGGCCAACUCAUGUCUGUCAACAUGGAACAGGAUCAGUCAGAAGAGCAGUUCGAUACUGACCUGCCUUCCUUGCAUUCUUAUCUGGGAGCUGAGCUGGAAGUUGUUAGAGGUCGAACUGUGUUGGAGGAUGGAGCAAUAGUGACUCUCGACAUGUUGCAACCCGCAGACUUGGUGUUAGUGCCAGGUCAGACUCUGCCACUCACUGUAUUUGAUCCCCCAACAAUCAACAUGUUGCGGGGCUGUUUACGCAAUGACCGAACCUUUGGGGUUCUCGCUAGUUGGAGUGAUGGGCGCAACACUACUAUAAAUAACAUUGGAACAACGGCAGAAAUCUAUGAGUAUCUUCCGGAUGAAGGGUCAGCAGGAUUCCGAGUGAAGGCCAAGGCCCGUCAGAGGUUCCGAAUGCUGGAUCCAAAGUCCAAUCAGUGGAAGGCUCGUGUGCGUAUCCUACCCGAGAUAAAGCUACCAGAUCCUCUACAGGCUGUACAACUCCAGAGCCUCAACAGGCACAGGACUUCCCCUGCUCUACAUCUCAAGUCGAGAAGGGCAGAUGCGGCUGUAACCAGGUGGCCGGCUUUUGUUUACGAACAAUACGACGUAGAUAAACUGAUCGCUGACAUUAAAAAGGAACUUUCUAUCUUUUCUCAAGGACAAAAAGAUAAAGAGAAGGAGAAAGCACCUGUAAAGGUUAUCAUCCCUGAUGAUCCAACAGAGUUGUCAUUCUGGGUGGCUCAGAAUGUGCCCAUGAAAGAAGAACACAGACUGCUGCUGCUCAGACUGAACUCCCCCAUACAGAGGCUGCGUUGGGAACUGCGAGCUCUGCAACAGUGCCGGCAGGUGCUGUGCUGCCAAUAUUGCUUGAACAUGAUCGGCUGCAGUGCUGACAUGUUCUCUAUGUCUACUGAAGGCCCUCAGAGCACAUAUGUCAACCCAGGAGGCUACCUGCACGAAACCAUAACUCUCUACAAGGUCAAAAAUGUCUUCUCCAUUGGCCCUCCCUCCACUGAGUUCAGCUGGUUCCCUGGAUAUGGAUGGUCAUGCUGCAAGUGCAAACAUUGUAACCAACACGUGGGCUGGAAGUUCACUGCUACCAAAAGUCAGCUGAAGCCAGUCAAGUUCUGGGGCAUCUGUCGUCGGUCUAUCACCGUCAAGAUGGGCACCCUCCAACCAGCAGACUGUGACAACCAGCUGCUCGUCUUCUAGGCGUCUGUGAUGACCGCCAAUGCUAAAGCUAGCUCAGUUUUUUUACAUUCAUCUUGAAAAGUACAAUAAUGUUUUGUUCCAAACAAAAUCAAAACUUCUAAACUUUCUUUGAAUUGAAAACUUUGUUUUCUUAGAAAUAAAUUUUAUCAAGACUUUUAGAAAAAAAUGAAAGUAUAGUAACGCUUUUUGGGAUGUUUACGAUUAAACUUACUUUCAAAGUUUGUCAGUACCUAAUGAUGGAAUGAAAAAGAGAAAUUUACUUACCCAAUUGUUAGAAAUAAAUGUUUUUAAAAUGUAGAAGAGUCAUUUUGGACAAUUGAAACUGUUAGAUGUUACAAAAAACUACAGACCUUUCAAGACCUGACAUAUAGUACCUUCCUCAUAGUAAUAAAUGAUCUAAUACGUUUAAUAACAAACUAGAUUAAGUAAACAAGUCGUAUCAAAUGUUCUGUUUCAUGCUAGUGUUGGAAAUCAUGGCAUACACUGGCAUGGUGUAUCGAUUGGAAACACGAGUAGAGUUUAGUAACUGUAACAGAGUGACAGUUGAAAUCUGCUAUCUCUUUGUAUCUGAAGAGAUGAAGCAACUUCACAAGUUAGAGUACCAACUUGCAAAGCUUCUAUUCCUUUGCUCAACCAAGCUUAUAGAAGGACGCAAGGUGCAUAUUAUGGGAAUGGUGCUCUCACUGCUACAAAGGAUGUCUGUGUUUUACAACCGGGAUCAAGCAUAAUUCAGGAAGCCAAAGAUAGCGUGAAGGUCUCAAUUUGGACUACAGCGUAAAAUCUCUUCUGGGUACUAUCUCUCCAGGCUUUGCGUUCUAUAGCUGUCAUUAUUGUAGUGUAUCCAGAUGAAGAUUGAGAGCUUAUAGUACCAGCCUUUGUAGAAAACUAAACUCUACUAAUAAAAAUUUCCUGGGCUAAAAAGAUCUUUAUAGACUACAACUUGUUCCAUUUUGUAAUGAACUGGUAAAAUGUUUUAAAAUUUAACAUAAGUAACAAAUAAUAAAAAACCCACAAUACAAAAUUUGUAUAGAUACACAAUACAAUAGUCAAAGAAACCACUGAUAGUAACUAAUCAAUUAUAGUAAGUUAUGAAAGUAGUGAUUAUCUGAAAAAUAAGAUGGCAAGACAAGGGUUGAAUAGAACCUAAAAUUAAAACUUGCAAUCUCAUAAAAUAAUUUUGAGAUGUACCUUAAAGCAGGUACAUACCUGUCCUCCACCUUAAUUUUAAUACCAUUUCCAGCACUACUGUGGUAUAUUUGUCUUCUCUCAAAGACCAAUGUGGCUGUUAAAUUGAUUAUUUUAUUGCCAUGUGAUUUUAUUAUCUGUUAGAUUUAUUUAGUAGAUGUCUCCAGUUGACAUACACCUGUAACUUGUUACGUUCAUGAAGUCUAACAUGUCACAUUAUUGUAAUUAUUGAGUCAAGCUACAUUUCACCUACUGCUAGUACAGCAUCUGAAAUCUGACACUACCAGAACACAAUGUCAGAUUUUGGAUGCUGCACUAAGCAGAAGGUGAAAUUGAGCUUAAUUCAAUAUUUGCAUUGAAUCAACUCUUCCUACUAUAGCUAUGUAUGUCACACUAUUUAAUUAUGACUUUGGAAUAUAUUUUGAUACCACACAAGUAUAUUCAUCCAUCGGAGGAAGAGAUAAGUUUACAAAUCUAAAUAUAGUGGUCAUGUUCUUUGUAGCAUCUAACAAUGGUAAGUAAUGUUUUUAAACUUAUCCCAAGUCAAAAGUUUAAAAAUUUUAUCAAAUUUUAAAGAAAAGAGUAUUUCAAGUGAAUUGAUAUUAUUAAGAGUUUUAUAGCUGGUGAAAAGUUUGGAACAAUGAGGGAAAAAAGUGAUUAUCCCUCAAUGAUUAGCUGUGUUUUACUGAAGAGUAAGAAUUCAAUGAAUUUUUGUCUUAGAUCAGCUCAUAUGUUCACAAAUAACUAUGUAUAUGUAGCUAGUUCAGCAUUUUGUAAUUUUUGUGUUUAUUAGUCUUCUUAUAACCAUGCCAACUAACUUUGUACGUGUGGUUAAGUUUUAAGUGUUUAAAGAAUAUCGUACAUAAAAUAUAGUCAUUGUGUUCUUAUAUGGUAUAGUCACAUUUUUCUUGGAUUCGUUUAAUAAAGAAUUGAUCUGAACAGAUUAAAAUUUGUUUGAAUAAGGAAUGAACGUAAAGAUGUAUUAAUAUCUCACUCUCGUAAUAGUAUUACAAUUAAUUUUCUUUAGAGUGAAUUUUAUAAUCACAUUUCACAACAAUAAUUUUCUUCAAUAGGUGUCAGCCUCUGACACUUCAGUACUUCACGACAUGGUAAAAAGUGAAUCUGGAAGAAACUCCAUUCUGGAUAGAGAAGUCGUCGAACCUUCCAGAUAUACAAGGUUGGACUGUAUGUGCAAUAUACUAUAUAUAUAUAUUUGUAUAUGCUCAUUUUCUUUAUCCUUGGAAAUUUUAACAUCUGGUCUGGAUAGGUGCUUUGGACAACGUCAGCAAUCACUACUUCCAGAUAUGGCAAGAGUUAGUAUUUUGGUUUGAGGUUCAACUAAAAUAACAUUAAAAAAAAAUUGCUGCUGGUCCUUUUCAAUGCCUUCUCAUCAUUUUCACAUUUUAUCAAAUGGAAGUAUAAUCCAAAAACUAAUCUUUUAUAGAAAUAGAAAGGUACACUUACCUAUCAGUAAUUGAUACACCAUGCCAAAAAACUUAAAAACCUCUUUUUUCUGAAUAAUCAAAAUAUUAGCCAAUACAUUUCGGUUUCAUGUUUUUUUUUGUAUUCCCACGUCAUAAGUUUAUUAGUUCCCCCCCCCCUUGUUUUUGAGGAGCCAUCAAACUUUUUGUCCAAUUGAUCUUUAUAAAACUUUUGAGAAGAGUCUAAACGUUUAAAUUGUCUCGAACCAAAACUAUAAAUGGUAUUUAGAGGAGCCUUAUGAAACUAUAGGGUCUGUUCAAUAAUUAUCGAGAGGUAGUUGGGCAUCCGACGUGGUGAUCGUCUUCGAUGAGCUUCCGGUCUUCCUUAAACAUUUUGUGCUACUCAAAUAAUCUUCUGCAGCAUAAUGCGUCGUCCCCAUAAGCCUGUUUAAUGAGUUCAAAGGUCUCGGACGUGGAUUUAUUGAGUUUAAAGGAAAACUUCACAGAGUAGUGUUGCUUGACGGUCUGCUCCAUACUGGCGUAAUGACACCAUAAAAAAUAAUAUGUCACAAAAAUCCACCUCUUGUCGAAACGCAUGCCUGCAGGCGACUGGAUUAAAGUGCACCUGAGUGUUGGGGGACCCUUCUAUUGAGCCAGACUGAUCGGACUCCCCUCCACCGCUCCAUUGUGUACACAGCGAACCAGUCCCGAUACUUGAACAGACCUUGUAAAUGUGUAGACUAUAAUAAUUGAGAGUGACUGCAACAUUUAGUGCUAUUUAUUCAACAUUUGGAACUUUUAUCAGUCUACUAUUUCUUUAUUGUUAAUAUCACCAUAACCACCUUAAAACAUUUUUGAUGAAUUUUGAGAUGUAUGCAGGGUUAUACAUUCCUCUUAAUUGGUAAUUAAUGUAAAAAAGGUCCAAUGCCUUUGACAUUCAAAACUGUAUAAUUAAUGAACUUUUUAUCUAGUGUUAGCACUAAGUUGGUGCUUCAUUACAGUUUGCCAAAGACUAAAUGUUCUAGUGGGAGUGAUUUAAGAUCGAACAAAGUUAGAAUCACAACAGUUUAACUAAUGGCAUUUUCUGUUUCAUCUCUCAUACAAAUUAGAGAUCUUAAUUUUUGGUAGUCCUCGUAAAUUUAUUGUUCUCUUCUUUAAAGUCUUUAAUGUUAUUUGUUUCACACUAUACCAAGUAUUAAUUUUCUCAUAACAGUUCUCAUUCUAUCAUAAAACCCAAAUUUCACAUCCCAAGGGUUUAGAUUACAACACUCACAGGAAUGCAUGAAAAAUGUUUUGUGGGAUUUUCAAGUAGAGCAAAUAAAUUUGAUUUUUACUUGAAUGCUAAAUAUUUUGAGCUUUAAAUAAAGUAAACUGACCUGAAGUAAAUGGGAAAAUUCCCAUAACAUCAGUUGAAAAGAAGCAAAAAUUAAUAAAAAAAAAGUUUUUGUAAAUUUAAAGUUGCUUCUUUAAUUUCUCAUCUUAAUUUUUUUUUAUUCACAAAUUUUUUACCUAACUGUCCACAAAAAGUAAAAAUUAAAAUUUUCUUAGAUAACAAAAUGUACUUGUUUUAUUACAUUUUCUUAAACUAGAACAGUAGUUUUACUUUGAAUUGUACUUGACUGUGACAUUUUGAAAAGCUUUCAUGUGAUGUUUUUGAAGUUUUGUAACAUAAAAAUGUAGUUUUAUAUGCUGUUAUUAUUGUAUAAAAUAUUUUCCCCUUAAUGGAAAUGUGGUAUUGCAACGUAAAGACUGUGAUUUGAUUAAAAGUCCUGACAAAUCUAUUGUAGAAUUAACACCUUUGAUGUCGUGUUUUGCUGGUAGUUGAUUCAUAUAUACUGUAGGCCUAGUGCAUAUAUAAAGUAUUGUUUCCAUUAUUGAUAUUUAGAAAUAAUAUCGUAAUACAACAAUAUACUUACCUGAUAGAUUUGUAACCAAUAAUAUUAGCAAUAUGCAUUAAGAUAUAAAUGUUUUAUCAUAAGCAAGUUGGGUGCCCUUGCAAACUGAGGAAUAGAGUUUCCAAUAUUUACUGUAAGUGGAAGCCUAAGGAUAAGGGAUUCAUACAGUCUUGAUAUCAGCCAUUAGGCUAUUUGAAGUGGAAACGUGUGCCUUUGUGUAAAAAACUUAGUGAGUCACCAGUCUGAUUUGAUACCUCGUCCUUAGAGCUUUAUAAUUAUUCAAAGAUCAAGUACUAUUGUGUUUUUGGUUGAAUGGUACAAAAUGAUGAACUCACAGUUUUAGACUUUACUUAUUCUUUAGACUUUCACUUACUCUAAAGGCAGAAUAGUUUGUUUCGAAGUGACUACUUCUUUUGGCAGGCUAUGGUUGUAUUCUUUGCACGGGGAAAAACUUUUGUUUUGAGUCACGCAAUGUCAUGCAUGUUUGUUUUCCACAUGCUUUCAAAGUAGAAUUGACAGCUUUCCAAAAUGUAAACAAACCGUUAUAUAAACACCUGAUCUUAAUUAAUAUGCUAUUUAAAGCAUGUUUUAUUGAAACUACCAGCAGUCAACAACUAGGCAAUGAGAAUAGUAUCUGUAAUCAGAUGUGGUGGAGUGUAUAUAUUAUAUAUUAUUAUUAUUUAGAUUUAAAGGUUGUAUAUAUUUAUUUAUUUGUUUUUCCACUGAUAAUUGUAAUGGAGAAAAACUAAUACAAUUAUUCCGAUUGAUCCUCAAAACCAAAUAAAAAAGCUUUAAAACCAGUGAAGCAAAAUUUGUAAUUUACAUAAGGCAGAAAACAAAAGUAAGUGUAAAUGAAAAUACGAAUGAUGAAGUAAAGCAAUCAAGGCAAGAAGAAUUGGCUAAAUCAGGUUACAAAGAACUUUUAAGACAACGUUCAUGUAGAUAUAGACACAAUAGAAGUGCAGAUCGUUUGAACAAUUUUGAUAUUCCGUAAGCAUGGCAAAAGGAAUUGGCUAAAUGACUUAAAAUGAAAUAUUUAGAAAGGCAAAAAUGUAGAACAAGAUAAAAUUAAUUACUCAUCUAUGGCAUGCUCAAAAGAACUUUCAAGACAAUGUUCGUAAAGAUAUAGAAACAAUAAAAGAGCAGAUAGUUUGAACAAUGUUAAUAUUCUUACAAAUAAUGAAAAAUCACCUGUCAAUGCCCAAUCAAAAGUUUAAAAUUAAAACAUAAUUCAUAAUUUGCAAAUGGCUGGACUAUCCUUGUUAAAUGUUCUAUUUGUGCAAUUUGAAAACACUGACACAAAUAAUAGAAAAUCACAUAUUUCUUAAAAAAAUGUUGACUCAACUUCAAUUCUCACAUUCAAAUACGAAAAAUAUAGAUAAUUUAGAAGUAAUUUAAAAAGAAAAUGUCAAUAUGAAUGUGGAAAUUUCUCAGGAUAGCAAGAAUAUUACAUUGCACAGUCUGAUACAUCAAAGACUGCUUCACAAAUUCAUUAGUGUACUAAUAAUCAACAGUCCCAAUAUUCUCAUUCUUGGCAGAAGUAUAAUUUCCAAGAAGUAUGUGUGGUGCUUUUUAGCACUGCACAUUCAGAGUUUGCUAAAAAGUUCACUGACAACGAUUUUGGUCAUCCUUGUAACAUUUGUGAUAUACUAUGGUUUAAAAGUGACUUGAAACUUGAAAAAAUUAUGAUUUGAUUGACUUGACAGUAUACAGUUUAUUAGAACACUACUUACAAAUUAAAUAUAUAUUUAAUCAAAAUAUGCCAAACUUGUUUUCAAUCAAUCUAAAAACAAAAGAAUCCUAUCAGUUUAUGAUGAAUUCAAGUACCCACAGAUUCCAGAUGAUUUAAAAAUAUGUACCAUUAGGCUUAGUUUUGGGUAGACUAAUCUCUUCAAGAAUACCAUUCAUGCAUAUAAGUAUAGUAAUACAUGUUAAUGACCAAUAUGGAAUCUGUGAACAAGUUAUAAAUGUUCCACUUAAAGUAAAUACAGUGGUAAAAAAUUACCAGGGAGUGUGAAUGAUGAAUAUACUAUUAAUGUUCAUAUUAAAAAAAUUAAUAAAUCAAGCUAUGUUUAUGGAACAGUCAAUAUUUAGUAAAAUAUCUGUGUGAAGUUUAUAAUGUUAUUAUUGAUGAAAUUUGUUUUGAAGAAAAUAAUGUAACUGAUAAGGAAGCAAAUGAAACAGAUAAUGAUGUAUUUCAAAAUAUACCAAUUAAGGAAAGUUUAGUAGUCCAAUAGCAUACAUUAAUGUGAAAUGGAGACAUGUAAUGUUAUAAGAAGUAGUCACUUAUGAUGGUCAGUCCUGUGACUGCCUUACUUUUUUUUAAAUAUACAUUUAUUGGAAUUUUAAGAAUACAAAUGUGUAUUAAUAAGAAAAGAACCCCCUCUCUUGUGUAAUGUAGCAUGUAGAAAAUAAUAUUAUUACAUGUGCUACGAUAUUUACAGCAAAUGUCAUCCCUACAUAAUUUGUCUGUUUGUUGAUUUGUGUAAUAAAUUUAUGUUAUUGUGUUUUGAAAUUUA